AUGCCAUUCUAUGCAUUUAUAUUGAACCUGUCGAGGGGCAAGCGACCCCAGCCUCGAGUGCUUCUCCGGCGGCUUAGGUGCAGACACCAUUUCAGUCAUUUUGAACUUGACUCGGGGGGUCGAUGGGAUCUCAUGGGGGCCCUUCCUAGGACGCCCGGCGCUUCUGUGCUAAAUGCAGAAGACUGGGCGCUUGAUCUGGAAUUAAUGCAUUACUAUGGCUCGAUGACAUGUAACACUAUAUCUUGGCGCGAAAAUAUCUGUCACACCUGGAGAGUUAUCUUGCCUAUAGAGGUAUCUUUGAACAAAUACGUGAUGUAUGGUAUUUUGGCUAUUGCUAGCCUCCAUAAAGCCUACCUCUACUUGAAUCAGAAGAUAAAGUAUAUCAAGGCGUCAGCCUACCACUUAGCGGUCACCCUGAAAGAAUUCCGAGAACUUAUUACGUCUCCGGUGGACCAUAUAAAUCAGCAACCGGUGCUUUACGUUGCUUCGCUGAUCUGUAUACAUAUUUCUACGGUACCGAUCCAACUGGGUGUCGGCCAUUGGCCAAACUCGAUUUCCAACAUGGUCAGGUUAUUUACGAGUAUAAAAGGCUUUCAAGAGAUCAUAAGGCCUUUCUUGGAAUCUUUACAAAAGACGAAACUUGUGCCACUAGUGGGCUCUAUUUAUCUGCAGCAUAAAUGCUCCCUCCGAGCCGACAAUACCGACAGCCCUCCCGUGGUUAUACAAGAUCUAUCUUUAGCUAAGUGA